AUGAAUUUCGUGUUUAAGUUCUUAAUUGUAGUUUUAUUAUUACAAAAAGUAUACCAACAAACUAAUCAGAUACUAUUAGGAAAUAUGUCAUCCACUGCCACCUUUUUAAAGACCUUAAGUUCUCGUCGUACCGUCUACAGUUUAAAGCCAGCUUUACCAGCUGGUGUGACAAUUAACAACAUUCAAGAAGUUGUCGAAACUGUCGUAAAGCAAACUCCAACAGCUUUCAACUCCCAACCAAACCGUGCAAUCAUCUUGACAGGAGAAACCCAUAAGAAAGUCUGGGAUGCCGUAGUCAAGAAUACUCCAGCUGGUGACGCUCAAAAGAGACCAGCAUCUGAAAGAGAUACUGCUUACGGUACCAUCAUUUUCUUCAGUGACGAAUCCAUUACCAAAAAAUUACAAUCUGACUUUGCUUUCUACCAUGAUAUCUUCCCAGUUUGGGCCGCUGAAGCUUCAGGUGCCGCUCAAAUUUCUACAUGGACUGCUUUGGAGACUCUGGGUUUGGGUGCUAACCUACAACAUUACAACGCUGCCAUUGAAGCAGUCUUGCCAGAAAAGAUUCCAAAGAAUUGGAAGAUUCACAGUCAAUUGUGCUUUGGUUCAGUAGAUCAAGCUCCAGCUGAAAAGACUUUCGUUGAAAACAAGGUUGAAAUUUUCAAUUGA